UUUAUUUACUAUUUUCUAUAAAAUCCUUCCUGUGUGUCAAAUAAAAUAACUUGCUGCAUAAGCCAGUAAAAACGAUCUUAAAUUUCGUCUUCUGAAAUAAAAUAUUUAUUUGAUACCAAGCGACUUAAAAGCAAAAAUGUGCUUCUAAGAUAGAUCAUCAAUAUCAGAAAAUAUAAUUGUAUAUUUAAGUAUGUCAUCGUUGCUACGAUGGGGUUUUUACGCUGAAUGUUAGAUCUUGAAUAAUGAAAAUUGAUGAACUCUAAUAAAUUUUCUUCACUACAGUAUCAUAAGAAUUAACAUAUUCUGAACUACUAAGAUAUUUAAUUCUUACUAAUGAUGGAAGGAUUAAUUGAACAGUUUCAUUUGUUGAUGGAUAGGAGUAGAAGUACAGCACAAUAUGCACACCUAAGAUCAACAAUAAAUUCUGAAAAAGAAGCUAAUAAAUUUGUUGAAUUAUUUGCUGAAAAAACUAAUACAAAUUGGACGCCUCAAAAGCAAUAUUCUCUCAAGUAUGUCUUUUAUUGUACAUGGUUCUGCAAUCCAUUUUGGAGGAAAAAAGUUCAUACUGAAGGGGAAGACAACAAUCCAUUUUUUAGAAAAAGAGAGAUAUCUCAAGGAAGUGACUGCUUUGCUAAAAUAAAUAUUUAUAUUAAAAAGCCUGAUGCAUCUUCUACAAUGCAUGAUGAAUAUUUAUACUAUGAUCCUCCACUGCCUUGUGUGAUUGAGAUUGCUGGGCAACAUAAUCAUCGUUUAGAUCAUCCAGAAGAAAAAGCAAUGAAAGAAUUUGAUGAUAGAUUAAGAAUUUUUAUACAAGAUGAUUCGGCUAAGCGAGAAUUUUUCAAGUACUUUCAAAUGGGCCUCUCUGCGAGUGAUGCAAAAAAGAAGUUUACUAUGCAGUACAGACAAAAGAAAUCACCAAAAAAGCCUCCAAUUCCAAUUCCAACUCUUAGACAAACUGAAAUUUUUUUCAAGGAAUGGCAAGACGUGAAAGAUAAUUUUAGCACUUCAUUGAAAGAAGAUAACUGCAGGGAAUUCAAUCAAAACUUUGUAUCAUUUAAAGAAUUUUUAGAAGCCAUUCCAAAAAGAGAAAUUAUAUAUUCUGUCAAACAUCUUGAAUCAAAAACAGACAUUCUUGCUAAAUCAGUGAAAAAUCAACAAAAUAAAGACAUUAAAUUUCCACUGGUAUUUGUUUUAGUUGGCUCUGCUGCAGGUAUGCCAAGCAAUUCAGCUCCAUUAUUUUAUAAAUUAAAACAUAACUUUGAUGGUGAAUUCGUAUCUGAUCUUGUUAGGCCACGGAUUUAUUCAUUAUAUAUUGAAUCAGAAAGUUCAUCUGAAUCUGUAUGUAAUGAAAUUCUAGGAAUUCCUUCGUCUGUGAAUGAAUCUCAUAUAUCUGAUGAAGCUAUGCCAAAAUAUGUGUUGGAUAUCCCUAUAAAGUUGGAACCUUUAAAUGAUGGUUAUGAAGACGUGCCCACUCAAAGAACAACUGAAAUGAUGGAAGAUACUUCUAUUCUGCCAACACCAACACAGUUUUUUUCUUGCGGAGAUAACACAACAACAGAAGAAAUUGACAUCAAACCAAAUAUUUGUAUUGGAGAUAACACAACAACAGAAGAAAUUGACAUUAAACCAAAUAUUUGGAAGGCAGGAAAUUCAUUUUUGCCAUUGAUGUUUACACUGAAGGGCUCAGUUUUUGAAAAAUCAAAUAGCAAGUCAUUAGUAUAUGACUUGAAACAAGGUUCAGCUGGAGUGCAAGCUACAGAAGCUGUUAUGCCUCAAAUAUCUGCUGUCCAAAUCAAUUCUAUGAAUGAAGUAGCAUUUCAGUUUAAAGAUGCUUCUAUGUUAACAGUUGAAGCACCUUUGAAUAUUACUAUACAAACUGAACUUUUGGAAGUAAAUGCAAACUCUAAGGACUGUGUGAAUGAAAGAGUGGAUAAUGAAGAUGUGCCAGCAAUCAUCAAUGUCUCAUCUAAUGAUGACCUUUCCCCAGUUAUUACAGAUUACCAAAUAUAUAUUCAGAAUGACCAAGAGUCUGGAAAUGUAGCAAAAAAACCAGUGUUAACCCGGAGAAUAAAACAAGAGACUCUACCUGAAAAAAGCAAUUUUAAUAUGGGACUUUUUACAAUUUAUUAAUGUAGCAGCAAUGUUUACUUUUUAAUUUUAAUUAAUAUUUAAGACAAGUCUAUUAAAAAUGUAUAAUUGAUGUUAGUGUUGAUUUGUUUUCUGAUGAUCUUCAUUUUUUUCAUAAUUUUUUCUUAGUUUUUGGAUAAAUUUUAAUUAAAAAGUUUAUUUUAAAUUAAAAACUUUUACAGUUUUUGGAUCUGUAAAUAAAAUUUUCUAACCUUGUAAAAUUUAAAAUGAUUUCUCUAAAUUUUAUCCUGUU